UUCUCUUAAACCAAUAGAGCCCAAGCCCAACCCAACAUCUAUUUAUCGCUCUCUUCAUUCUUCCCCACUUUAAACCCUAACUACAUACGCUUAAAACGAAUUUUCUUUCCUCCAUUACUCUGAGCGACAGGAUAUCUAGGGUUUCUGCCGCCAAGAAAUGGGUAAAGGUACAGGUAGUUUCGGUAAGAGGAGGAACAAGACCCACACUUUGUGUGUGAGGUGUGGUCGUCGCAGUUUUCAUCUUCAAAAGAGUCGAUGCUCUGCUUGCGCUUAUCCUGCUGCUCGCGUCAGGAAGUACAACUGGAGUGUGAAGGCUAUCAGGAGGAAGACAACAGGAACUGGUAGGAUGAGGUACCUGCGUAAUGUCCCAAGGAGGUUCAAGACUGGUUUCAGAGAAGGUACUCAAGCAGCUCCAAGGAAGCAUGUCGCAGCUGCCUCUUAAUUUUAGUUUCUGAAAUUCUGUUGGGCGUACAAUUGCCUUUGGGGGUGUUUCUAGUUUUCCUUGAAAGCGUGGGAUAGCGAUUUUUGGAUUAUUGUUGGAGAACUGCAAAAUUGUAUUAGUAAUGAGUUUUUUUUUUAAUCCUGGGAAAUUUUUGACUUGUUUAGCUAAAGCUUAAAUGACAUAAUACUAAAAUCUAAAGUUUCAAUAUCA